UAUAAUAUGAUAAAGUUAAGGUUAACAUGAAAUACGAAUGCCAGAAUUGAAUGUUAUGGCACUAAUAUUGCCUUCGAUAUAAAGUUUUGCCGGAUGUAUGUGAUGGACUUAAGUUCGACUGAAUGGACUAAUCAAACGUUACCGUCAAAAAGACCAAGGUGCCAAGCACAUGAUGAGCAUAGAGGUUGCUGCCUCUGCAAAGCUCAAGCAGGAUAUCUGUGUAAAAAUGGCUGUUGGUUCAAAAAUUGAGACUCUUCCGACUGUUCCAGUGCCAUGCCAACAGUCUCCAGCGUGUAACAAACAUAGGGGGUUUGGGCUUCCUUAUCAGGAUCACAACUAUGGUGCAUUGCCACCUCCACCCACUCCACCCCUCUCCCCAACCACAGGUUUUACCGCAAACUCGUUAAAUGGGGAAAACUGUUUCUUAUCCUCGCCCAGCAAAGACCUCUGCAUCAAACCUACACCAAUUGAAAUAUCACCUCCUCACUCACUAACCUCAAAUUUGCCUUGUUACAAUGGGGCAGGUUUGGAUAAACUGAAUGAAGAUAGGGUGGUUAACUCAACAACAGCAUUUUCAAAUGGCCUUGCUGCCGCUGGUUCAGAAAAUAGCACAGUUUUGUCGGAUAUAACAAGAUGUAUAUGCGGAUUCACACACGAUGAUGGCUACAUGAUAUGUUGUGAUCAAUGCAGUGUGUGGCAACACAUUGACUGCAUGAGCAUUGACAGAAAUAACAUCCCAGAGACUUUUCUAUGCGAUCACUGCAACCCAAGAUCCUUAAAUAGGGAAGAAGCAAUUAAACUUCAAACUCGGAAACGGGAGGAUUUUUUAAUGGGCACCGAUAGCAGUGGUACAGACAGUGAUGUAGAGAUGAACAACAAAGUUCUCUAUUCAUCCGUACAAUCCACACCAACAAGCCUUACCAUUACCUCUAAGAAACAAGAAGCAGUUUCAACAGGAAAGAAACGAAAGCGAAGUCGGGAAAAUAGCAAACGUAAUGGGAAAAAAAAUCAUUUUCCUUCACGCAAGCGUUCAAGAUCUAAGUCUUCAUGUAAUGAAACAGAGGAAUGCGGAAUCAGUUUUUCUUGGGCAAGAAAACUCAGGGAGUGGAAUGAGAAGUACCAGGAAAUCAAUGAGAACAUGUACAGCCAAGAACUGCUUCAGGCUGUUCUGUCUUCAUCAUCAAAAAUGGCUGUGAAAGAACAAUCCAAUCUUUCCAAACUAAGAGAACAACUUGUUAAGGUACAGCAGUUACGUAACACAGUGCUUACACUGGAGGAUGUGUGUAUGUCGCAUCCUGUUGCUGAGGUCUGUGGCUCUUACAUGCUUUCAAAUCAGUUUGAAGGGGUUAACUCUACUCUAUACGAAAGGCCGUACCCAUUUGUGUUCUUCUACAAUGGUUUUGAUGGUUUGGAGAUCUGUGUGGAUUCCAGAACCACUGGUAAUAUAUCUCGAUAUAUAAGACGCUCCUGCUGUCCCAACUGUGAGAUAAGGCAUGUUAUGGAAGAUGGAAAAAUCCACCUUUUCAUUUAUGCUAAAAGCAGGAUCCUUAAUGGAGCCGAGAUCACCAUCCCGUUUGACAUCAAAUACCAAAAUUGUCAUUACAACAUGGAGUGUGGUUGUUCUCAGUUCAAAGACUGCCCUGUGUAUAAGUUCACCAACAUGAGGAUACCAAAUGACUCAAAGCUUCUCAAACUGGAUGAACGGAAAAGGCGUUUGUCACCUCUGAGGUUAUCGUUAAAUCGAAUCCAUACGAACGGAUAUUUGAGUUCCGACCAUGAAGCAACGCGUAAUAUAGAUGCCGAUGGUGACAAUGCUGCUGAUAACUUGAGAAAAAAGUCUCGUGAGGAGAGAAAGAUGGAGGCUUAUAUCCGAAGGUUUGAGAAGAUGGAGAAGCAGGAGAAGCGAAAAGAGCAACUACAUCAUGCUCACCCUGCAUCCGAUAUUAGCAAGGAGUCAAGCAAACAAGAAGCAAAUGAUUUCAUCUCUACCUCGACUGUAACCUCCACUUCUGACUCAUUACAGGCUGUUGUUAUGUCUCAUCCUUGCUUACCUGGGGAAGAGAACGUGUCCACUCAUAGUCCAACUCCCACUCGAAGAAUUGGAAACAAUAGAAGAAGGUCAACCAGAGGUCGUCGGAACUCCCGCAGAGGAAGGGGUGUCUCGUUCGAAGGUGUCAUGUCACCAGGUGCUGCUAUGGAAACAGAUUCAAACCACUCAUGUGACAGUGUUACACCUCAUUGCACAAUCUCAAGUUUUUCCGACCGUUUUCCAUCCUUUGACAGUGAAAACUCCUCAUCUUUUGGUGUCCCCCAUUAUGAAGCUCUUCCAGAGACUGCUCUUAUUGACACGAUCACUUCAACAUCCGGAGUAAACACAACAUCCACCUCACCCAAGAGCAUUACACAUGUAACCAGCACAUCCACCAUCCAACAACCAAACCUCACUACAGAGGCCGGUGCUCCCAUACCCACCAAUGUAUUACCCAACACCUCACUAUCACCAAAUGAUAAUACAUCCGGACAGAAGUUAACAAACCUGGUUAGUUCACCCACACAAGAUGCAGAAGUUCCAUCUUCAGUUUCAACCCCACUCAGUCCUUCUGUCACGAUUUCUCACUCUGAACCCAGCACAGCAGCAGUGAGCAAUAAUAUCACAGUUACGACAACAGCCAUAACACCAAGUGAUAUGAGUACCACCACUACUACCACCACAGCUACAUUGGCAGUUAAUCUGUCCACGAAGUUGUCAAAAUCAAAGAAAUCAUCAGUCGACAUACCUUCCACAUCUACCACAGCUGCAGUGUUCUCACGUCGAGGUAUCUAUCCGACUUCCACCACACAAUCGACAACCACCUUUGUACCAUGGACAUUUAGACCAGGUGUUCCACUCGGUCAAGUUCACAUCAGUGUGUGUCCUCAGUUGGCAAGGAAGUCAAGCAUAAUGGAUAUGAAGUUCACAAAAAAGUAUUGGCUGCAACGAGCAGUGGAAGAGGAUCUGAUACCAAACACACCAGUUGAACCAGCACAGCCAUUUAUUGCAGCAGACAAAAUAUCACUUACCAAAGAAACUCACUGUCCCAAGAAACGAUAUUUGAAAUCUGCAUUACCAGACACUGUGCAAACUUCACAAGAUAAACUUUAUACCAACAUAGAGUCAGACGCUGUUUUAACGCAUAAAGAAGUAAAAUGCUCUGAUGAACAAACCAAUCCCACUCAAAACUUAACUGUGGAUACAAAUUGUGGAUUACCACUUUCAGUUCCUGGGAAUAGUGAAACAUCUCAAAUGUUAUGUGGAGUUACACCUGUGGAGGUCGCUACAGUCAACAUUAAUGCUAACAAGCGCAUGAGCCCACUACCCUCAAUUGAAUAUGAGAGCUUAUCUGAUGAUGAUGAUGAGACUGUGGUAUUGCAAUCUGAACCUGAACCAUCAACAACUGAUGAGCAAGAGGUGAAGUCGCACCAACCAGCAAGUCUCUUUCCUUGUAUAAACACUGGUUACACCGGGGCAACUACAACACAUCGCUUUUUUCCAAGUAUGCUGGAUAAUACGACCUCUGUUCUAUCUGACCCAAGGUCGCAAUUAACACUCGACCAACAAGAAGUGAAAAGUGCACCCACAAAGAAAAAGGUCUCACUGCAGGAGUAUUUAAAACGAAGUAAAGAUGGUAGGAAGAGCUUAACGAUGCCCACAGAGCUCCACAAACCAGUAAAACCUACCUCCUCUUCCCCUGCCAUCCUAUCCUUGUCUCCUGUCAAGGAUUCGAAUCAGAAACCCAAAGAGCAAGUCCAAGUUUCCAAGUUGUCUCAGAAACCCACUCCUCUACAGUCUCCCACCAGCACAGACAAGCCAAACCCCGGAUCCGCAACCAAAAGCAAAUCAUUAAUCAAAACAACAAAUACGCAUGUUGAAGAAAGUGUUGAAAAGUUAACGAAGGCAUUGAAUGAGGUAACACAAGGAAACUUGGCAAGUGCAUUACAAGCUGGUCUCAUUAAAACUCUCCCACCAAAAGUAAUGGAUGUUGUGGUGAAAGCAGUCAAAACUCUCAAUGCACCAAGUGAUGUCCCAUCUAAACCACUAGCAACCAAGUCAAGUAAACAGGAACACAUGGCUGUUAAAGAGGAUUCGGUGAAACACGAUAAAAGUGUGAUCUCCCCUGCUCUCACUUCCCCAUCCCACACCUCCACAACAUCCGAGCAUCGCUCCAUUGUCGGAAGAUGCCACAGCAGUCCUGCCAUCCGUGGAAGUCAAGUGAAGAGCAAACCAUCUUCCCUCUCCACCAGAAGUCCGGCUCACAGGAACUCUUUCCCUACUCCUGGUAAGUCAAGAGCAAGUCCCGCAUCCAUAAAGUCGUUUGCAUCACCACAAUCCUCAAGGAGCUACUCGAGUACCUCUCUCACAUCUCCCUCCACUCCUACUUUUGAUCAUCGUCACUCUUCACGGGAAGCAUCCUCAAGUAGAGAUAACCUACCUGACACUAUCAACUCAAGAUCUCGUCAUAAUAGUGGGACAUCUAGUGGGAGUAACAGCACGAUGUCGUCCAAGUCUCCACGUCAUCAUCCACAGGAAAGCGGAUCAAAACACUCCGCAUCAAACAACCAUAAACAGGAGUCUUCACGCCACUGGGACAGCAACAACAACAACCCACCACAAAAGGUGCCAUCUAUAACACCUGCCGUGCCCGGGCAACCUAUACCUUCCUUAGUACGCGGCCCGAACCGUGUACCCCAGGUCGUGUACAAUCGUCGGUCGUCGCCCGUGUUGUCACGUGAUGGGGGAUCCCCUCGUUGGGACGGGUAUUCCCCGCGAGAAUCGACCCGCCCGCCAAAAGACAUCCGAUAUCCUCCGAUAGAAUACUACCCCAACCACCCCCCUUUAUCCCCCUGUGAAUCGGACUACCAAUACCGUAGAAGCUCGGAGAAACCUCGUCAUUAUGACGGCAGAUACAGACCUCCAAGGAGGGACGAGGUUCGCGGCGAUUCUCGUAUGGAACGCCCGCCUUACUCUCGCUCGCACUCAAGUUACUACCCAUCCCACUACCACGAUCCACCGCUUCGCUCCGAUAAAGGGGCGUACUAUCCGCCGAGGAUUGAGCGCUCGCUGAGUCCAGGCCCACCGAGGCAUGGACCGAUGGAAUAUUACUCGAAACAGCCGAACGAUAGGCCGGGUGGUUACUAUUCACACGAACCACACCGUCGUUAGCAUCACCAAUCAAGUGUCAUCUCAGGAAACAACCGACAUAUCAUCGGAGCCAGUGCAUAUUGUAAAUAACUGUACAUAUCAACACCUGUGUAGCUGGGCCCAUCGAAACAACCAGACACCGUAAGAACAAUACAGCAUCUCCCGAACUUACACGGUGUCACUAAAUCAUGGUUGAACACAGUAAUUCGAGACCCAGAUACGAAGACGCUUCUUGAACAAGCGUGAAUCAGCUUCGUACUAAUCUUAUUCCAAUAACGUUUUUGUUUUUUCUCUUUUCUCCCGUUAAUGUUGCUAUUAAUAACGCCCUACAAAGUUUUUAUUUUUGUAAUUCUUCUUUUCUGUCGCUUAUCUAACCCAAUACCCCUUUUUUUCUCUGUAUCCGAGGUGUCUUUAAGCCCCACCCAUUUUAAACGCUCCAGUUACUGCUACCUCGCGGAAACUGUACCCGUCGUUUUGCUUUUGUUUUUUUCGCGGCACUCGAACGUCUUGCGCCGUCGUUUUAUUUCAGGACUCAGAAACUUGGGAUCGACUAUUUCAUUCCACAGUGCGCCGGAAUUUUUACCGACCGUUCCCGCGAGUGCCAUGUUUCGCCCCGGCAUGCUGCUAUAGCGCCGUCUGCGCUGUCGCACAGAAUCCAAUCACUGCCCUUUUCGUAUUUUCCCUAAAAUACCAUUCGCUCGGACCCCACAGAUGAAAGCGACAGCGGCCAGAACGAACUUUUGUUUAAUAUGUUAGCAUGCUUCUCUCGUUCUUAGCUUGUUCUCACUCUCAGCAAAUUAAAACCGUUAGAACAUAUUACAGUGGAUGAGUCGCAACCAAUAAAAGUUCAUCUGCCCAA